AUGUUACAAAGACGUAAAACAUAUGGAUUUUAUCAUGCCAUAUUUCCCAUAAUUAUUUUGGAAGAAAGUAGAUUUAGGAACUAUUUUCGUAUGUCUCCCACUCAAUUUGAAAAUUUAUUAUGUUUGGUGACACCAUUUAUUACCAAACAAAUGGUAAUUCGUGAACCAAUAUCAGCGGCAGAAAGAUUAUCUUUAACAUUAAGAUUUUUAGCAUCUGGAGACUCAAUGAGCUCUAUGUCUUAUCAAUAUCUAAUUGGGUUGACAACUAUAAGUAAUAUAAUUGAAGAAACAUGCAAUGCUAUUUGGAUUUGUCUCCAAAAGAAAGUACUACCUUCUUCUUUAACAGAAACUGAAUGGUUAAAUAUAGCCCAUGAGUUUGAAGAAAAAUGGAAUUUUCAUCAUUGCGUCGGAGCCAUUGAUGGGAAACACGUUUUAAUUCAGGUUCAUCCUACUUCAAUUAUAAAAAUAGUCAUAGUAUUGUAUUACUUGCAAUUUGCAAUGCUAAUUAUAAGUUUACGUUUGUCGAUAUUGGAGGGUAUGGUAGACGUAGCGAUGGUGGAAUCUUUAAAGAUUCAAUAA